CUCCACCACCACCGUCGGCCGCUCAGCUGUUUCUGUUUACUAAACAAAGGAGCCAGUUCAACGCUGGAUGGCGAACGGCGCGUUCGCGCGCGACGCCACUCGUUCUCCGCUCGAAAGAUCGACGACGACAACAACGACGACGACGACGCACGUUCGAGCUUCGAGCCCGCGCGACGCCGUGGCCGUGGUGAAGUCGCUGACGCGACGCGACGCGAUACGACGCGACCCGCGGGUAGAUCGUCUCAGCUCGCCUGGCUCCGCCGCAUUGGGCCGCAUGCGAGGGAAAUAAAGUCCUCGGAGAGUGUGCGACUAUAUACUCCGACGGCAACCGCGGCCACCGCGGCGCACCGACCACGGCGAACGCGGAGCGGCGGCCCGAGGUCCGAAGGGCGGCGCGCAAACAAAUGCAGUAAACAUGCCGUCGUUGCUGGAAGCAUUAGAGCUUAAGUACGGCAGCUCAACGACGGACUGCUCAUUGACGGACGAUGAAGCGGAGUCUGGCUCGCCCAAAGCCGCCCUGUCGGUGAGCAUCUUCAUCCCCAAGAAAUCCCCACGACACACGGUGCCGGCGCUAUUGGUGCUCCAGGACUGCGACAUCGAGUCGGCGGGCAACGACGCCGAGAAGCUUCGCAGCAAGUGCAAGAACGUCGAGGAGCUUGACCUGGCGCAGAAUAAGCUGUCGCAAUGGACGGAGGUAUUCGACAUCCUGCAGCACAUGCCCAAGAUCAAGUUCGUGAACUUGAGCUUCAACUGCCUCGCGGAGGUGCUGGAGAUCAAGCAUGGUAACUACGAUCUUCUGAGGAAUCUCGUGCUCAAUGGCACGAGGGUGUCCUGGUCGACGGUGCAGGGACUGGUACGGCACUUGCGCAAUCUGGAGGAACUUCACUUGUCCUUGAACGAGUACAAAACGGUGGACCUGGAUUAUCAAAAGCCGGAGAACGCGAAUCCGGCGCUGAAGAAAUUACACUUCACCGGCAAUCCGGUGGAAGUUUGGAACGAGAUCUCGAAGCUAGGGUAUCUAUUUCCAAACCUGAAGAGCCUUGUCCUCGCCGAGUGCCCGAUCAGAUCGCUUGGUUUGGAAGAAAAUCGGAAUUUGCCAAGCGAGGAUGGCCGCCGAACGAAAGAAGAAGGUCACGGGCAGGAUAACGAAAACAUGAAUCACUUAGACGCGGAUGAACAUACCUCGUCGACGGACGAUAAAGGAAAUAGGAUAUUUGAGAGCAAGGUCAACUACGAAAGAUCUGAGUCGAAGUCGGAAUCCAAUGGGACAACCAUCAAGUCGCCCCACGAUCCCUUCAGAAUGCUCAGGUUCUUAAACGUGAACGGUACCCUGCUAUCGGCUUGGGACGAGGUCGAAAGGCUCGCCAGGUUUCCCGCGCUGAAGUCGCUCAGGAUCCAAGGCUGCCCGCUUUUCGAGGUGAGUGGUUUUCAAUCUCCUCGACGAUCGAAAAUCGAAGAGUCUUGCAUUACGUUCGUCGUCAGAAAAUAUUUUGAUUGACGCAUCUUGAUUUCG